GCAGAAAGUGAAUCUAAUUCUCUAGAAUCUUGUGCUCCUACCUUUCUUGGUGAGUGCUGUCGUAAUUAAAUAUGAUCCUGUUGUACUAAAUAAUGCUACCAUGAUCAAGCAAGUCCAGUUCAUGUUUGAUAACAAAACGUCUCCCGCGUCUAGUGGUUCUGGAUACGUAGAUAAUUACAUUGAAUUGGAGUUCUUUGUAACUAAGAAUAAUCCAAGCCUGGAGGCACAGGCAGUGGUAGAGGUCAUGGUCGUCUCGGACGACGUUUUCCAGACCAUAGGUAUCGAUGAGAAGAAUGAGCAUUACUAUUGUUGUGAUGAUCAGGCGUACGAUAACAACCAGUGCCAGAACCAUAACCAUCUGUGGGUGCGGAGCAACGAAACGUCUCAGUACCGUUCUAGCUCCAUCGAUUUCAAGGGUGAGAACCGCACCGUGAACGUUCACUUCGACGUCCCCAAGGAGGGCAAGUACUGGAUCGUUCUGGGCUUGUGCGAUCCGGAUACGUCGAACGUGAAGGUGUCUGGCAAGGCGGUGAUUAUGAAUCCUUACGGCCACAUCCCUGCUCGCAUGUACGGCAUCAUCCCGUUCACCAAGUGGGUGCUGCUGAUCUACACAGCGCUCUUCUUGGCGUGGAUCAUCCGCUGCUGCUGGUACCGCAAGGAGCUGAUGAGCGUGCACGUGAUGAUCACGGUGGUGGUGGGCACGUUCCUGUUCGACACGGUGAUCCGCCUGCUGAUGCUGAGCAACUUCAAUCACGAAGGUGUGUACGACCGGAAGAUCACCAUGUUCUCUCUGUUCAUCACGUCGGCCACGCACACCGUGGCGCGGUGUCUGAUUAUCAUGGUCGCGAUGGGUCUCGGCGUGUCGAAGGCCUCGCUGGGCAACUCCAUGUGGAAGAUCGUGGUGAUGGGCGUCGUGUACUUCUUCUUCUCUCUCUGGGACUCGAUCGUCUCGACCUACUCCACCGAUUCCAAGGUGAAUCUCUACCGCAUCAUCCCCGCUUCCCUUCUCGACUCGUUCAUCUAUUUCUGGAUCUUGCAGUCGCUUCUGGACACCAUCCAGGAGCUGGAGGAUAAGAAGCAGACCGGAAAGCUGGACGUGUUCAUUAGUCUGCGAAACAUCAUCAUCGUGGCCGUGAUCGUGUCGACGCUCUACAACGUCCUCUUUAGCUAUCUGAUCAUGUUCAAAAAGAUCGACUCGCUCUGGAAGUAUCAGUGGUUCUUUAAUGACGGUGUAUGGACCAGCUCCUAUUUGCUGCUGGUCGCUGUGAUCAUGUAUUUGUGGGCUCCCAAUGAGCGGUCGUUGGCGUACGCCUAUCACGUCCAGGUUUCGACGGAUGAGAGACAGGACCAGGAGGAAUAUGCGAUGCAGGAGGACGGCCUUCAGGGUGCUGGAGGCGAGGGAAGCAUUCAGGUAGCGACCGUGGAGGCCACCGAAGACAGUCUGAAGCCGAUGACGAUUAAGGCUCAGAGUGCAUAAAUAACAGCACGAUAAGAGAGAGUGAUAUAGGAUCGAUAAUGGACUAUGAAUGAAUGAUUGAAUGAGUGAAUAAAUGGAUGGAUGGAU